UGCAAGGGUAGGAGCCAAGAUCGUGUAUUCAGUUCUGCAUGUACGUAAAAGUAAACAUAUUUAGAAUGCAAAACCCUUCCAAGAAAAAGAAGUCUGCACAGUGACUCAUUUCAUCAUUUCACAUUGCAAAUAUUGCGGAUGACAGAUUAUUAAAGUUUUUCCCGACAGCCAACACCACACUUUAACCAAUAUCAUCAAAAGUCUCGCUCACUCGCUACCUAAAGCAGUGUCGAUUUAUCAGAAUAAAGUAGUUGGUUGGUGACUGUGUGCAUAUGCACGUACAUACGCAAGUCGUCCCCUGUUGUGGUGACAAGUUUCUGACAACGCCAUCAAAACUUGAACAUAUUUUAGAAACUUGGAGUACAAGAAGUUACAUGCAUCCGUCCGGCAGAGUGGGAAAGUCUGAUAGCACAUCUUUUGUCAGCCUUCUUGUUUCAAAAGUUUCUUGAAAAGUUUAAAGUCGUCAUCGUCCCCCGGAAUUUUAGAUUCUUGAAAAGAAGGAGGACUACACUACACUCGUCCCCGGAUCCAUUUAUUCCUGCUCAAUCAUUUCCAUAUUAUUGGCCAGGAAAAGGACUUUUUUCAAUCCGUUUUUCAUCAUAUGAAUCUCAAAAACAAGAUUUUUUCAAAAGAUCAGGUUGAAUGGAGUCAAUCUGGCCUUCUUCAAAAUUCAUCAAUCCGUUCUAAGAUCAGCUAAGCAGAAAAAUCCACAAAAUUCCAGUCAGAUUUUUGUCGGUCACGGGAAUACAAAUCUUUUGGGGCAAACAUGGGGAGCCGUAUUAAUCGUCCCGACAUCGCCGUGUACACCCUGUUUGGAUUCUGCUUGGCUUGCUUUCUCCUCGUGAUUGGUAGCAUUCUAACAUUUAACUUGACAUUUAACUCCUAUUCUGACGACCAACAUAAACAACAUCCACACUCGCCCCAGCAAUUUCAUCACUACCCUAUAUCAUCCAUUCAGGUCGAAAAUCAACAAAACCACGUUGAGAAGAAGCAGCCUAGUCAGGAAAACGGCGGACAAGAGAAGAAAAUGAGCCCCAGUUCGAGUCAGGGGUCCAAUAAUAAGCAAGCAGGAGGAGAAAGCCAAUCUGGCCAGAGUCCAUUAUUACAGGAGAAAAAUUCCCAGCAGCAGCAGAGGGGAAAUAGCAGUCACAAUGGGAAUGAAACCCCCGGGGGGAGCAGUUUUGCUGAUUUUCCUCAUGUGAUGGAACCACAAACGGAGGCGAAUGAAAACAAAAUUAUUGUGAAUUCAUCAUCAUCUCAUAAUGGGAGCAGUUCCAAUUCUGAUGGUGCUUUGACUCCUCGGGGAACAAGAAAUAAUAAGGGAAGCGUUGUGCUGGCUGUAAUUGGACCAUCAUGCUUGUUGAUGGGAUUUCUCCUAAUUGUAAUAAUAGUCGUGGUUGCGUUGAAGUAUGACUGUGACCAUGAGCCAGAACCGGAAAUCGCAUUUCUUCGUUUGCGGUCCGAACUUUCACUCAAUUUCGACCCGGAUAAAAAUAACUAUGAAUUGCUGAGAAGGGUGCCAACUACGAGUCAGGGUGACCAACAACAAAGCAGUGGAACAAGUAGGACUAAUCCAGCUUAAUUGUGAUUAAUUGUAUACCCUUUAAUUAUCUAAUUAAACCAAUGUUGUUAUACUUAUAUGUAUUGCAUUGCAUCCAAAUAAUAAUGACGAAUAAAUUACAUUGUAGUGUA